AUGACCCAGCCUCCACUUCACUAUCGCAUCUUCACUGGAGGGGUAUCGAAAAUUUCACAGGCAUCUGGGCAGGAGCACCGGACAUAUCAACGAUCCAUAUUACUGGUGAUUGUUGGCCACAAAAACAUUGAUAACAAAGUCAUUUGUUCAACCCAAUCCAUUCUGGACUUCGCCUAUAUGGCACAAUAUCCCUCACUCUCAGCAGCCCAUCUUGACAAGAUGAAGGACCUACUUUCUACGUUCCACCACAACAAGGAUGUUUUUAUCCACAGAGGAGCAUGCAAGGCAUCACAUUUUCGAAUACCCAAAUUACACGGAUUGCAACACUUCGUCGAUGAUGUCAUUGUAGGAGGACCACCUGAUAACUUCUCCACAGAAACCCCUGAAUCUCUGCAUAUAGAAAUGUGCAAAGAUCCCUACCGUGCCACUAACCGCCAUGAAUAUGAUGAACAGAUUAUCAACUACUUGGAAAUUCAUGAUCGGUUAGCUUUGCAGCGAUCAUACGAGGCAUUCCGGACCAGAAGCCAAACAUACCUUGUGAGUGGUGGCUUAGUCUGUCAUUGUCGAUUUUAA